UGCCGUGGCAAAAAUUGAGCGCAACGUACACAGUUUGCUGAGUUGCUGCCACAUACUCUCGACACAUUCCUCUUCUUCAUCGUCAUCAUCAUCUCUUUGCUAUUGAAAAAUCAGUGUUCAGUUUUCAUUUCGGUUUGUAGUUUUAUUUUUGGAAUUGUGAACGCUUGAUUUGAAUGUAGUUCGCGCGUUUGCAUUUUGUUGAACAUCGACAACCGAGCGAGUGAGAAAGAGAGAGGGAGAGACGAAGAGGAAGAAACUCCUGAAAUAAAAAUAACAACUGGAACAAUAAUAAAGAUGAUGCACCAGUGCUUAGCUUUCGUUGUGACAAUUUUAAUUGGACAGUGCUUGUGUGUGGUGCCAACGCAAUAUGGUGCUGUACCAAUCAAGCAUCCGGAAGAGCGUCCGACUGAACCGUGUGUCGAAUGGACCGGUGGCACAUUUGAAUGGCCUUGUGCCCAAACCAAAUCAUUGUACAAAAGUAGCGGCAAGUAUAUUAGUAAAAAUGUGAUUGCAACGAGAGCCCAAAUCGUUGGCGAUAACGUGUAUGUGGCAUUGCCACGAUACAAGAGCGGAGUUCCAGCCACACUAUCGCGCACACAAUUCCGAAAGGGCUCAUGUGCUGCAACACUAUCACCGUUCCCAUGUUGGAGCAUGCAGGAGGAAGGCAAUUGUCAAGCAUUGCAAUCAGUUGUCGAUAUUGUGGCCGAUCGUAAUAACAUUUUGUGGGCAUUGGAUGUUGGUGUGGUAUCGACGUUAGAGACACCAGUGCGACGUUGUCCACCAAAAGUGGUAGCAAUCAGUACAAAAACGGGCAAAGUUUUGAAAACUAUUUCGUUGGAGAAAUUGGUUGCGCCCACAUCACGUUUACAAUAUUUGACCGUUGACUAUAAAUCGGAAAAUCGUUGUUUCAUUUACAUAAGCGAUGCCGCACAACGAUCGAUUCUCGUGUAUGAUGUGCAAGCUUCACGUGGUUUUCGCGUUGUUCUACCAAAAGUUGUCACCAAUGGUUGCCCAAAACGUGAUGUUCUCUAUUUAGCACUCAUCAACCGUACCAAUGGCACUUCAUCGCUCUAUUUCACCUACUUAAGCUCAAAACAAUUAUUUGUCAUCAGUACGGAGUACCUACGAAAUGGUAACAUCCAAGGACGUAUCACUGAAGUGGGCAACAAACCAAGCAAACAAGUUAUCAUUGGAACAGACAAUGGAGCAGCACUGUUCUUCCGUUACGAAGGACAAUCCGAAGUAUAUCGAUGGGAUACCAACACCAAAUUUAAUGAGACCAAUUUCAAAGUUGUUUAUCGCUGUCAAACAUGCCAGCUGGCAACACAUGCCCUGGCCGAUUACAAUAACAAACGGAUGCGAGUCCUCGAAAGUAACUUUCCCGAUUUUCUACAAAAUACCGUCGGAUGCGGAGCAAUCCAACAGUUGUCUAUCAUGCAAGGAUGCUGGUCUUGAUUCACACGAUUUUUGAAUAUUUUCCCUUUUUUUAUUCCCUAUUUAUAUAAGUGUGAUAUAGAUUUGUAUUCUUGCUUUGUUAAAUACACGUAUUUAUGAAAUGAUAAUCCGAAAAAAA